UACGAGGGUAUGAUUGUGAUUAUAGUGUUACAACAAGGGCAAAAAUGUCCUAAUCCUGAAACAUGGUGAAAGGAUAAAGCACCAUUGUGAGUUCUGCAUAAUCAUCUUCUUCUUCCUCUUGGUGACAAUGGCUGCAUCUCUCCAUACUAGAUUCAGUGCCAGCAGCUUAAUAUCAUCACAUGAUCUGUGCCACUUAAGCCCACACGCAAACGGGUGGAAACCGUCACAUAUGCCUCAAAGUUAUAAACUGGGCAGGACUAUACAAAGAUCAUUAAGGGGUUCUUCUGUGGUUUCCCCUAUGGCUCUAGCAGCAAAUGCGAGUCAAGAUACUGAUGACAUGUAUGAUGACCUGUUUAAGAAAUACGGGAAAGUUGUUUACAAAAGCAGUGACCAAAAAUCUCCUACUGCAGAGGUGGAUGAUGAUGCUGAAUGUUUGUCUUUUGCUGUGGCAUUAGCAAAGAUUGCAAGUGAUGUGAAGGCUGCUGAUAUAAAACUCCUGUUUGUGAAACCUUUGGUUUAUUGGACUAAAUUCUUCCUUAUUACCACUGCAUUUUCUAGACCACAAAUUGACGCCAUCAGGAACCGAAUAAAUGAUCUAGCUGAAAAACAAUAUGGGAAAUUUGCUACUGGAGAUACAAAAGCCAAUUCAUGGACCUUAUUAGACUUUGGUGAUGUAGUGGUGCACAUAUUUCUACCGGAACAAAGAGAAAUUUACAACCUGGAAGAGUUUUACGCCAACGCGACUCCCAUAGAGCUACCUUUUGAAAACGAACAAAGAUUUGGCCGUUGAAAAGAUGGCAGUUAAAACCCCACACGCACAGAAUGUAGUUUCACCCACGAGGGACCAAAGUGGCUCAUGCAUGAUCAAGUUGAACACGGGUGCUGGAGAUUAUGACUUAAGGUGCAGAUUAGACCAAGGGUGAAAUAAUGUCUUCUUCUACCCAUUUAAAGUUAAAUGUUGUUAAAAGCAUGCAUAGGAAAUGUUGUUAAAAAGGUAGUAUGUAGGGUGUUUGGAUGUGGGAUUUUAAAUUGAUCAUUGCAUUUAAGAACAAGCUUAAGAUAAUCAUAUGACUAGUAUCUGUUUUCCAAAA